AUGGACGAAAACCCCUUGCGUCUACAGUUUCGCCCGAGGGCGGCAAGAUUUCCAAGCGCCGCCCCCCUCGUACUCAUCCACGACGCCGGUGGGACGGUCUAUAGUUAUCUGCGCCUGGGGGACCUGAAACGGGAUGUCUGGGCCAUCUCAGACCCGUACUUUGAGGCAGUGAAGCCAUGGGACGGGGGUUUCGACGAGAUGGCCGAGCACUACCAGCAGCUGAUAGAGAGCGCCGGCAUCAGAGGCCCGAUCCUGUUGGGAGGAUGGUCACUCGGCGCCUAUGUGUCCCUCGCCAUUGCCAAACGGAUGCUGCACAUGAAGCCCUGCAGGUUCUACGUCACGGGGAUCCUCAUGGUCGACUCUCCAGUUCAGAUCCCCACGUCUACGCUGCCGCCUUGCGGGCCGGACCCGGACUUUAGCGAUCUCCCAGACCUGGUGCGCAAGUCGUUCGACAAGUUCGACGCCAUGCUGAGCGUGUGCGACCUGCCCGCGUGGGACUCCCCGGCCUGCCAGGGCAAGCCGGUGCGCCUCGCUGCCGGCGGGAAGACGUUCACCGUGGAGACGGAUCAGGUUCUGCACUUACCGUUGGGCGGUGGCUGGACGACAGCUUCUUUGACCAAGACUCCCCAGGAGGAGGGUCGUGUGGAGGUGACGGAACAGUUCACUGGGCCGCCACCUGCGGUGCUGGUGAGGUGCUUGAGACGCACACCCACCGAUGCACCCUCGCAGGGACCGUCCCAGGUGGACAGGUAUCGUGAUGAACUCCUGUUGGGUUGGGAGGGGAGACAUCAGAGCUUCAUCAAGGCCGUCAUCGACGUGGACAAGCACCACUUUAACGUCUUCCAGCCUUCCAAUGCAGACACCAUGACGCAGCACAUUAACGAGGGUCUCAACAUGCUCGAUAGCCUCCAGAUAGCUUGA